AUGAUGUCAAUUCGAAUUUCUAAAGCUGUGAUAACGAUUGUGCUUCUGAUCUGUUUAGUAGACCGGGCGGUAGCUGGCUCCGAGGUGGCCCAGAGACUUAGGGCUCUUUUUGGCCGGCUAGCACGACAAGUACCACUAGGGCCUGCGGCUGGAGAUAGCCAGAACACGACGUGGUCGUCCUUGAAAAAGAAAACACUCGCUGGUGCUACACUUAGUCGGACGUAUGCUCAUUCUACGGCGACUAACUGGUCGCUGGCCUUGAACAUUGAGCAGGCAGAAGACUGGAUAGAGUUAGAGAGCCGAUUGCUGAGUGAAGAUAAAUUCACUCUUCCGAAUGUGUCUCUAAUUGACUGCAUGUCAGACGGCCGGGCAAGUCCAGUGGAGGCCCGAGUUCUUGAGGAAAUUAUCCGGCAGUUGACUGGCACAGAACACCUGUCUCUUGUGGGUAUUCAGCUUCAAGAUGAGAGUCAGGAUUUGUCGAGAGAGUCCUCAGAGCCUUCUUUGUCCUCGCAAACAGACCUAUCAUCUGCGGCAUCCGGCCUAUCUAACCCAAUAGUAACCCAACUCGAUCCUAAGUUCGUUUUGGUCCGGGCUCUUACAAUUAUUCAUAGCGAAGCUGUACUCAUUGACAAGGUGCUUGGAUGGGUUGACUGCGCACGGAUUGAAGUUCUUUCUCUCCACGACUGUCUAGCAACCAGUACGUCUUUUCUGUCCAAGUACCAGUGGCCACAGCUGCGCCGUCUUUGCAUUGUUGCGAGCCCGCAGUUGCAGGAGCUAGACCUGCGGAUGCUGCAGAACACAUCCAAGGUUGAGUUGGGACUAUUUGACAUUCCAGCCCAGGCCAAACCAAUCUUGCCGCCUACUGCCCUGUCCUGUUCACAGCUCGCUACAGACCGGUCGUUCUUGACCCGGCUAAACAGUCUCGUUGAACUAAAGCAGUGUGCAAUCUUGACUGAGGUCUUAGAAAUAGACCUUUCCAUUAUCAUGACACAGCCCAUCAAUUACAACUCGCCAUCAUCCAGUCUUCUUCUCUCUCCCGCCAAUUUGUCGCCAUCUACCUUAACCUUCCCCAUCGCCAACCCAAAUAAGUGUCUGGUGGCAGCCAAAGAAAUAAUCGUAUGGCUAGAGUGUCGCAGUGGUUAUCCGCUUAGUAUGGAGUAUAUCCAGACGGACUGUCUCACAACACUCUCUAUUUUUAAAUGCAGUGCCCCGCACGUUUCAGUGCUCUACGGCGUCACUUCAAAGGAUGGGCUUACUCCGAGAAUUUACCAGAUCAAUGGUUCCGCUAUCGUAAUGGAAGUUUUUGAUAGGAACUCAAAGACAAAAGAGCCCACCAUCCGCGAAAGACUGCUUGACGUGGCCCAUGGAUUUUGCUGUUAA